AUGCAAAACCAGUCUACCGCACACUCCUGGCAAGAUCCACUUGUAUCUUCCAUUCCAAUUAUCACCCUAUUGACCGUCGUCGCGCUCUGCCUGGCCACUUUCGCCCGAAAGGUCCGCAAGGGAUACCAUGAUUUCCUUGCACUUGGGCCUGGCGGAACGCCCUCCACUCCUGCCGGCUAUCUUCGCAUCUGCGUGUUACGUAUCUUUACCUUGCGUAAUCCUCUGAACCCUCCGCCCAUCCCGUCAUACAUUCAUCCUCAGAGCGGGAUUCUGAAUGACCUGCCCAAGCGAAUCGGUAGUCGCCCAGAAGUCGUUGGGAUUGCUCCGCAGCGGCAGAUGACUGACCGCGGCCCAAAAGCUAUUUAUGCCGCAUUGACAGCAACAAUUAAAGAAUUAUCCCUCCGCCAUCCGGACAGCUUGUUCUUGGGGAUCUCCCGCUUCGAAAAGCAUAACACCGGUCUCUUCUCCCUACCUCGAUGCCAAAGCCAUUUGACAUGCAACGGGGAAAUCUGCCAUUCUCACGCGUACGAUGGUAGCAUGCACCUCACUCUCCACCCUGCAGACGUCAAAACCAUUAUCGAAAAGGGAUGGGGGGAGCGCCACCCCCUUGCUCGAGAAAGCUGGUGGUGGAAAUUCCGGUUCGUCCCUCCUACUUUCGUCCUGAUCUACUCCCCACGUACCAUGGAGGAAUUACGCUGCGUGACUCAGAUCAUCUACGCCGCGUCGUGGUGGAUUAGUGGGAUUGAUUUGCGCAAAUUCGACUCGAACAACGGCCUCACUCCAGCAACGUCUCAAGAGCAGCGGCCGCACCAGCAGCACCAGCAGCAGAACCGUGAGACAGAAAGUGACGUUGUGAGAAAAGACCAGGUAUGGUCCUCCUCUUCUACUGAGCUUAACGCAAUUGCAAGUCAGGAUUCAGGAACCACGGCGUGCGAGAUGCCUGGGUUUCCCCUCGGAUGA